AUGGUGAUACCCUUCACCAUCUCUCAGAGCUUGUUUAAGCUCAUAUCCAUUGAGUUGGUGAUGCCAUCCAACCAUCUCAUCCUCUAUCAUCCCCUUCUCCUCCUGCCUUCAAUCUUUUCCAGCAUCAGGGUCUUUUCUAAUGACUCAGCUCUUCACAUCAGGUGGCCAAAGUACUGGAGCUUCAACAGCAUCAGUCCUUCUAGUGAAUAUUCAGGAAGGAUUUCCUUUAGGAUUGAAUUAUUUUUUUCUUUACAACUCAAAGGGAAGAGUCAUAUCAUUCUGGAUCCAUUAAUUGACUUGAUUACAUUAGGUAAGUUGCUUAAACUCUUUGAGACUAAAUUUUCUACUAGAAAUGAGGGAAAUAAUAUUGCCUACUUAAUGGAGAGCACUCAGCAGAAUUCUGGCAUGUAG